UAUAAUCAACUGGCUUCACCUGUCGGAUCUUUGGUCGUUACUGUUGCCAUGUUUGACGACAUAAUCUGUCUCGUUAUAUUGGCCAUCGUCGCGCAAAUAUUCUCUGACACUACUGACGCCUGGAAAAUAGCUCGUCCCAUCAUUUCCAGCACCGGAAUAAUCGUUGUUGGCAUAGGGUUGACCUUUGUCAUGCCAGCAGUGAUUCGCAAGGUGAGACCAUAUGCCGCGGCGAGAUCAGAAAAAUUCUGGCGCGAAUUGUUUUUUGACUUUAUGCUUGUGUAUGGUGGGGCGUUCAGUUUCAUUGCUGAACUUGCCGGAAGCACCCGCUUACUUGGCGCAUUUAUGGCUGGAAUGUCACUCGCCAAUGUCUCUGAAGCUAGUCAAUUGUGGGAGAAAAGAGUUUACAGUAUCCAGAGGUGGCUUCUCCCCAUUUUUUUUGCCUCCAUAGGUUUCAUUAUUCCAAUCAAAGGUUUGUUUACCCCAACGAAUUUUGGUUAUGGCAUCGCCUAUUCCGCUGUGGCUACUUUUGCAAAGUUUAUUGCUGGUUUCCUCACUAGCAUGGACGACAAGGUAGCGAUCGGGCUUGCUAUGGUUGCCAGAGGGGAGGUGGGAUUAGUCAUUGUAAAACAAGCUUCUGACAUUGGUAUAAUGAACGUUAAUGCCAUGUCUGUAACCUGUUGGGCUCUUAUUCUCUGUACCAUUAUCGGUGCAGUUGGGUCUAACUAUACUAUUAAACGGCUGGUUCAACUCAAUGUUGGAGAGAGUGAUGUCAACAUUGAAAAGUUUGCCGCAAAGGAUGCAGUCGAUGACGGUUCAGAUUCCGACAAAGAUAGUUUUACAAAUUCAAUUACCUGUGUAGCAAAUAGUGAAAUGUUUAAAGCAUUUAAACAGUUACAUGAUGAUGUGAAACCCAACGAGACGAUUGAAAUCGUUGAGGAUACGGUAAUCGAAAUUGAGGAGACCAAGGAAGGUCAAGAAGCUGAAAUUAUAAACGAGAAAAUAGCUGUAGUUGAAAUUGAGGAGACCAAGGAAGGUCAAGAAGCAGAGAUUAUAAACGAGAAAAUAGCUGAAGUUGAUUUGAGGGUUCACUUUGAAAUCAGUGAAGAAGUUAC